AUGCCUGGAGAAUUUCAGUUUAUUGAGAAGGAUGUGGACAUUGUUAGCAAGCAGGCUUAUGAUGAGUUUAAGGCUCUUGGUGUUUCCGAAGAUGCGGCAGAAAAGGCUCGUUCUGCGGCUCGUGAUAGUGCUUUGGCUCAUAAUGAGUUGGUACAGGCUGCUAAGGCUUGCGGAUAUGGCUCUGGUGGUGGCGGUACUUCUUCGUCUUCGGCCCGUACACCUGAUGUUUCGGUUACUCCCAAUUCGUCAUCUACGGUUGUUCAGAUCGUGCAAUCACCUAUGCCCGAACGGUAUGAUGGAAUCGCUGAUUUUGAGGAUUGGUUAAGGCGUUAUGAAGCUGACGCUAGAGGCUCUGGUUGGACUAAUCUCCAGAUAGCAGGGCGUCUUGGUAAUUAUCUUCGUGGUACCCAUUUUGAGGUCUGGCAUCAGAACUGUUCUAAGACAGAUUUCGAGGCUGACCGGAAGGCUCUGUUGGAUAUGUUUGCCUUAGUUCGGCCCGAUGAGAUUCUGCAUAAGUUCAACUCUCUGACUUGGGAUAGGUCUUCCCGUGUGGUCUCUUUUUUGACUACACUCCGACGAUAUAUGACUAAUUACAAUAAGACCUUACCCGAGGAUCAUAAGUUGUCUCAGACCCAUAUGGAUAAGAUGAUUAUGGAUAGAUUGAUUGCCAACGCCCCAGACGGUGCCAAGUCUGUGCUUCGUCGACGUCAGCCUAAGACCAUUCAGGGUGUAUGUGAGAUCUUUGAAGAUUUUAAGGAGAAGUCUUCUUCUAAGGCUGCUGGUGCAUUGGCAACUGGUAUGCCCUAUGGGAAUAUUCCGAGUGAAGACCAUGUGACUAAGCUUAUUGACACGUUUAUGACCUCGCAGAAUGCCAUG